CAGCUGAUUGCCCAUCGCCCUCUCGCUCGCUCUCUUUCCUUCCACGCCGUCAGCCGCAAAAAGCAGCGGACGCCCAAAUAUUCCUGCAGCCGGAGUUCAGCGGAAAGCGGAUAGCGUCCACGCGAAAAGGUGAAAGAUAUAUACUUACCAAGAUGCCGCCGAAGAAGCACGAUGAACCGGAACGCAAGCCGCUGAUCGGAAGAAUCGGCACGAAUCUGAGAAUCGGAAUCGUCGGCGUUCCCAACGUGGGCAAGUCCACCUUCUUCAACGUUCUGACCCAAAGUGCCGCCCCCGCGGAGAACUUCCCCUUCUGCACCAUCAAGCCGAAUGAGAGUCGUGUUCCGGUGCCCGAUGAGCGAUUCGAUUACCUGGUGGACUACCACAAGCCGGCCAGUGUGGUGCCCGCCUAUCUGAACGUCGUGGACAUUGCCGGCCUGGUGAAGGGAGCCGCCGAGGGUCAGGGUCUGGGCAACGACUUCCUGUCGCACAUCAGCGCCUGCGAUGCCAUCUUUCACCUGUGCCGCGCCUUCGAGGACCCGGAUGUGACCCAUGUCGAGGGCGAGGUGGACCCGGUGCGCGAUUUGGAGAUCAUCUCCGAGGAGCUGCGCCUCAAGGACGAGGAGAAUCUGCUCAAGAACCUGGACAAACUGGAGAAGGUCGUGGCCCGCGGCGGCGACAAGAAGCUGAAGCCCGAAUACGACUCGAUGGUCAAGAUCAAGGAGAUCCUCGUCGACCAGAAGCGUCAUCUGCGCUUCGAGGACUGGAAUGCCCAUGAUAUUGAGGCGCUGAAUAAGUAUCUGUUCCUGACCUCCAAACCGAUGAUCUACCUGGUGAACCUCUCCGACAAGGACUUCAUCCGGAAGAAGAACAAGUGGCUGCCGAAGAUCAAGGAAUGGAUCGACAAGAACGAUCCGGGAGCCCUGCUGAUCCCCUUCUCUGGGGCCUUCGAGCAGCAGAUGUCCGAGAAGGACGAGCUGGAGCGCAAGGCCUACGAGACGGAGACCAAGUGCAAGAGCAUGCUGGAGAAGAUCAUCGUGACGGGCUACAAGGGCCUGCAGCUGGAGUACUUCUUCACCGCCGGACCGGAUGAGGUGAAGGCCUGGACCGUGCAGAAGGGCACCAAGGCACCGCAGGCCGCCGGGCGCAUUCACACCGACUUCGAGAAGGGAUUCAUCAUGGCCGAGGUGAUGCACUUCGAGGACUUCAAGUCGGAGGGCAGCGAGGUGAAUGCCAAGGCCGCCGGCAAGUACCGCCAACAGGGACGCAACUACACCGUCGAGGACGGCGACAUCAUCUUCUUCAAGUUCAACGCCGGCGCCGGCCUGAAGGAUGCCAAAAAGAAAUGAUACCGUCUGGCCAUGCUCAUCGCCAUGUCCGCCGUUCUGUACAUUAACUUGAUCUUAUACUCCCAGAUGUUUCGCUUCACCAGAGGCUAGCUCCUCGUUGCCCAUGCCCUCACUCUCAUGUUCGAGGCCCAACAUGCAUUUUGAAUUUCCUUUUUUUUGUACGCUAUGUAAACACGCUUAUGACACACACACACUAAACCGUUGUUUGUUAUUGUAUCAGGCGGGAUUUGAUAUAAAACCAUCAUUGUGCAAGACCUUU